UGGUGGGACUUUCCCCAGGGACCAAGUCUGGCACCUGAGCCAGUUUCCUCAGCGGGGAGUCUCGGCAUAAAUAUGUCCCUGACAGCCACAGACAAGCAUUGCUCCUCCAGAACUCAGCAGGAUGAAGCUUCUCACUGGCCUCAUUUUCUGCUCCUUGGUCCUGGGGGUCAGCAGCUGGUUCUCAUUUAUUCGUGAGGCUUAUCAAGGGGCUGAGGACAUGUGGCGAGCCUACUCUGACAUGAAGGAGGCCAACUGGAGAGACUCAGACAAAUACUUCCAUGCUAGAGGGAACUAUGAUGCAGCCAAAAGGGGCCCUGGGGGCGUGUGGGCUGCUGAGGUCAUCAGUGAUGCAAGAGAGGGCAUUCAGAGUCUCAUGGGUCGUGGACACGAGGAUUCCAUGGCAGACCAGGAAGCCAACAGAUGGGGACGCAGUGGCAAUGACCCCAAUCACUACCGACCUGCAGGCCUGCCUGACAAAUACUGAGCAUCCUCGUUUCAGUCUCAGGGGACUGUGCUGUAGGCUCCUGGGACAGAACAUGGGGUUCUUCACUUCUGUGUCCACUGUGGGUGUGGGGAGUCUAUAGUGAGUGUGUAAUAAAUUCAUAAGAGAUGAAA